CCGGAGCGGAGCGCGGGGCCGGAGCGGGCGAUGGGGCGGAGGGGGACAGCGGCCAUGGGGCCCCUCCUGCUGCUCGCGGCUCUCCUCGGGGUCAGCGGUGGCACCCAGGGCUUGCCCGAGAGCUCCUUCCCCGAGGACACAGUGGCCGAUCACGUCGGGGGCACGCGGGGCCGGCGCUUCUACCGGCACCUCUCCGAUGAUGAGGACCUGGUGGCAUCCGGCGAUGGCAGCGGGGAGGACGGCAGCGGCGUCCCUUGGCCACCGACCUCCCGUGUACCCCCCAUUGGGUUGGCAUCCACCGUUUAUUUCCGGGCUCUGGUGAACUUCACCCACAGCAUCGAUUACAGCCCCCGGCUGGAGGACCCCGACUCCGAGGAAUUUCGGGAGAUUUCCGAAGCUGUGGUGGAUGCUCUGGAGUCGGAGUAUUACAAAGUGCCUGGGGAGCAGGUGGUCAGCGUGGUCUUCAUCAAAGAGGUAGAAGGUGACAUCUUCGUGGAGCUGGACGUGGGCUCGGAGGGCAACGAGGCCGAGGGGCAGCUGGAGGGGGUCCUGCGGGACCUGCUGGCCACUGGCUCCAUCGCCUCCUACCAAACCUCCCCCCUCGGCUUCCAGUUCAGGCGCCUGGGGGCUGUGACCCCCCAGCCUCGUGCCUGCACCCCGCUGGAGUUCAGCUGCGGCAGCGGCGAGUGCGUGGCCAGCGAGUACCGCUGCGACCGCCGGCCCGACUGCCGCGACGCCUCCGACGAGCACGGCUGUGACCCCCCCUCUCCGCGGCCGCCCCCCACCACGGCCCGGCCCAGCACUCCCCGGCCGCUCAGCACCGCCGCCGCCGCCGUCACCACCGCGGCCCCCCCGCGGCGCCUCGGCACCCCCCGGCCCCCCAGACCCGCGGUGGGGGGGUGCCCGGGGGGUGAAGCCCCCUGUGCCGACGGGCGCUGCGUCCCCCGCGAUUACCUGUGCGACGGCGAACGCGACUGCGCCGACGGCAGCGACGAGGAGGCGUGUGGCACCCCGUCGCCCUGCGAGCCCAACGAGUUCAAGUGCCGCAACGGGCACUGUGCCCUCAAGCUGUGGCGAUGCGACGGCGAGAACGACUGCGGCGACGGCUCUGAUGAGAGCGACUGCCCCACCAAAGCUCCCGGUGCGGCGUGUGGGCCGGCGGAGUUCCGCUGUGUGAGCAGCGGCAGCUGCAUCCGCGCCAGCUACCAGUGCGACCGUGAGCCCGACUGCCCCGACCGCUCCGACGAGGUUGGCUGCGUGCCCCCGCAGGUGGUGACGCUCCCGCGCGAGGCGGUGACGGCCGUGCCAGGGCAGACGGUCACCCUGAGCUGCCGUGCCACCGGUGUGCCCACCCCCAUCGUCACCUGGCGCCUCAACUGGGGACAUCCCCCCCACGGGCACAGGGUGUCCAUCGUGAGCGAGGCCGGCCAGGGCACCCUGACCAUCCGGGAUGUGAAAGAAGCCGACCAAGGUGCCUACACGUGCGAGGCCAUCAACAGCCUGGGCAUGGUGUUUGGCAUCCCCGACAGCAUCCUCACCGUCACGCGCCCCGGGCCUUGUCCCGAGGGUCACUUCCAGGUGCAGGGGACAUCCCGCUGCCUGCCCUGCUUCUGCUUCGGGGUCACCACGUCCUGCCGCCACACCAGCCGCCACCGCCACCGCCUGCGCCUCCGCUUCGACCGGCCCGGAGACUUCAAGGGUGUCAAUGUGACGGUGCCGGCGGCUCCGUCCUCGCCCGUGCUCUCGGCCACUCAGCUCCACGUGGACGUUGACGCUGAGGAAUUCCAGCUCCUGGAUCUGUCCCGUCGCUUCCUGGCCCUCGAUGCCUUCUGGGCUCUGCCCGACACCUUCCUUGGGGACAAGGUGGACGCCUACGGCGGAGCGCUGAGCUACGGGAUCCGGUACCGCCUGGGCCGGGGGCCCCCCGAGCCCACCGGGCACCCCGACGUGCUGCUGCGGGGCCACGGGCGGCAGCUGCGGGCGCGCGCCGGAGCCACGCGGCCCGACGGCCACAACCGGCGGCACGUGCCCUUCACCGAGGAUCACUGGGAGGAUGAGGAAGGCGCCCCGGCGAGCAGGGAGCUGCUGCUGCUGGUGCUGCAGGGCUUGGAGGGCGUCUUCAUCCGGGCGGUGUACGACGGGCACAUGGCCAGCGUGGGGCUGAGCGACGUGGCCAUGGACGUCACCAGCGCCACCGACAGCGGGCUGGGGCCAGCGGGGGACGUGGAGGAGUGCAGGUGCCCCGUGGGUUACGCCGGGCUGUCGUGCCAGCGCUGUGCCGCGCGCUUCGAGAGGGUGACCAGGGGCCCUUACCUGGGGACCUGCUCCGGUUGUGGCUGCCACGGCCACUCCAGCACCUGCGACCCUGUUUUUGGGCACUGCCUGAACUGCCAACACAACACGGAGGGGCCCCAGUGUGAGAAGUGCAAACCCGGCUUCUUCGGCGAUGCCACCAAGGGCACGGCCACCGCCUGCCACCCUUGUCCCUGCCCUUACACCGAGCCGUCUCGCCGCUUCUCGGAGUCGUGCUUCCUGGACACGGAUGGCCAGGCCACCUGUGACGCCUGUGCACCCGGUUAUGCCGGCCGCCGCUGCGAGAGGUGUGCCCCAGGCUACGAGGGAGACCCCAUCCAGCCGGGUGGCAAAUGUACCCCGGUCGCCUCACCCUCGCUGCCCACAGGUCAGGAGCUUGUCAAGUGUGAUGCUCGUGGAGGCAAGGACGUGGCUGGUGGCACGUGUCGCUGCAAGCCCAACGUGCAGGGCCGGCUGUGCGACGCCUGCGCUGCGGGCACCUUCCACCUGAGCGCUGCCAACCCCGAGGGCUGCCUGCCCUGCUUCUGCAUGGGCAUCACACGGCACUGUGCCAGCUCUGCGUGGAGCCGACACCAGGUGCUCCUCAGCUCCGAGGACACGCCACCGCUCAGCUUGGCCAACCUGGCGGGCACCCAGACUGUGGCAGAUGGUGCUCGCUUCACCUCCCCCCGGGAGCUGCUCUUUGCCACCUUCCAGACGGUGCCCCGUGACGUUUACUACUGGGUGCUGCCCGCGCCCUUCGCCGGGGACAAGGUGACAUCGUACGGCGGGGAGCUGCGGUACACGGUGACCCACCGGGCAGGGACGGGUGCCCAGCCUGUGCCGCGCCAGCCCGACGUCCUGCUGCAGGGCAACGGCAUCCUCCUGGAGCACUUCUCCGAUGCCAACCCUCCCUCUGGCGUCCCCACCACCGUCACCGUGCCCUUCCGUGAGCGGGCCUGGCGCCGGGCGGACGGGCGCGAUGCCACCCGCGAGCAUCUCCUGAUGGCUUUGGCUGACAUUGACCUCUUCAUGAUCCGGGCAACCUACUCUGAGCAUCCAGAGGAGAGCAGACUGGCAGACGUCAGCCUGGACGUGGCGGUGCCACACGCCACCGGCCACCCGCCGGCGCUGGAGGUGGAGGAUUGCACGUGCCCAGCCGGGUACCGAGGGGCAUCCUGCCAGGACUGUGACACCGGCUACACCCGCAGUACCGCCGGGCUCUACCUGGGCACCUGUGAGCCGUGCCAGUGCCACGGCCAUGCCAGUGAGUGCCACCCCGAGACUGGCAUCUGCCAGGGCUGCCGGGACCACACAGAGGGUGCCCAGUGCGACAAGUGCCAACCCGGCUACUACGGUGAUGCCACACGGGGCACUCCAGGCGACUGCCAGCCCUGUCCCUGCCACGGACCCCGUGAUGACACCCAGGUGGCCACGAGCUGCUUCGAGGACACAGACGGGCAGCCAACCUGCAGCGCCUGCGCCCCGGGGCACAGCGGGCGCCUCUGCGAGAGGUGCUCACCCGGCUAUGAGGGGGACCCGCUGCGGGGAGAGCCCUGCCGAGAGCCAGGCAUCCCCAGUGGGCAGUGCCAGUGUGACCCACGUGGCAGUGUCGGUGAAGGCUGUGAUGCCAACGGGCAGUGCCGCUGCAAGGCCAACGUGGAGGGUCCCCACUGUGCCACUUGCCGACCUCACCACUUCCACCUGAGUGCCAGCGAGCCCGGGGGCUGCCUGCCCUGCUUCUGCAUGGGCAUCGUCCAGCACUGUGCCAGCACCACCUAUGCCCGUGGCACUGUGCAGACCCCCUUCUCUCCAGGCAAUGCCCAGGGCUUUGCCCUGGUGAACCGGCAGCGCAGCACCCGCGUGGGCACCGGCUUCACGGUGCUGCCGGGCACCCCAGAGCCCAGCCUGACCUACGAGCGCUUCAGGGAGCUGCCCCCUGACUCCUACUACUGGCAGCUGCCACCCCCCUACCAGGGGGACAAGGUGGGCUCCUACGGCGGCCGCCUCCGCUACACGCUGACGCACACACCGGGGGGACAGGGAGCCCCCCUGCCCGACGCCGACAUCCAGAUCACGGGCAACGACAUCACGCUGGUGGCCUACCAGCCCGACCUGGCUCCUCAGACCCCCCAGACCUUCGAGAUCAUUUUCCGGGAGCAAUACUGGCAGCGGCCCGAUGGGCAGCCAGCAACGCGGGAGCAUCUCCUGAUGGCUCUGGCUGACCUGGAUGAGAUCCUCAUCAGAGCCACCUACUCCACCAGCACGGCCGCCUCCUCCAUUGCCGCUGUCACCAUGGAGACAGUCGUGCCCCCCCAGCCCGGCCUGGCCCCUGCCCCCGAGGUGGAGGAGUGCCGGUGCCCCCCUGGCUACCACGGCCUGUCCUGCCAGGACUGUGCCCCCGGGUACACGCGCACCGGGACGGGGCUGUACCUGGGGCACUGCGAGCUCUGCGAGUGCAACGGCCACUCCGAGAGCUGCCACGCCGAGAGCGGCGUCUGCUCCGGCUGCCUGCACAACACGGCAGGGGAUUUCUGUGACCAGUGUGCCCCCGGCUUCUACGGCGAUGCCACCGCCGGUACCCCCGAGGACUGCCAGCCCUGUGCCUGUCCCCUGCCCUACCCUGAAAACCAGUUCUCCAGGACCUGUGAGAGUCUGGGAGGCGGCGGGUACCGCUGCACCGCCUGCGAGCCGGGCUACACCGGGCAGUACUGCGAGCGCUGUGCCCCUGGCUACACGGGGAACCCGACGGCACGUGGGCAGGGCUGUGUCCCGGUGGGCACCGCGGUGCCGCUGGCUGUCCGCGUGCACCCGCCACGCAGCGCGGUGGCACAGGGCAGCGCCGUCACCCUGCGGUGCCAGGCCACCGGCGACCCCCCCUUCUACUACCACUGGGCGCGAGAAGAUGGGCGACCCCUCCCCGAGGGUGCCCAGAGCCGGCGACAAGGAGAGGAGCUGCACUUUGCCAGCAUCCAGCCCUCUGAGGCCGGCGUCUAUGUCUGCUCCUGCCGUAACCUCCGGCACAGCAACGCCAGCCGGGCAGAGGUCAUCGUCACUGAGACCCCUGACAAACCCAUCACCGUCACCGUGGAGGAGAAGCGGGUGCAGCGGGUUUCACCCGGCGCCGAUGUCACCUUUGUCUGCACAGCCAAGAGCAAGUCUCCUGCCUACACGCUGGUGUGGACGCGGCAGAACCACGGGACGCUGCCGCCGGGCGCCGUGGACUUCAACGGCAUCCUGACGCUGCGGCGCGUGCGGCCCGAGGACGCCGGCGUCUACGUCUGCACCGGCUCCAACAUGCUGGACAUGGACGAGGGCACUGCCACGCUCUACGUGCAGGCCCCAUCAAAGACUCAGAUGUUCUAUGGACCUGUGGAGUUUAUGGAGGGGCACAGACCAGCUGGCACUGCCGCCGCUCCCACUGCCACCGUGGAGCCGGCGCAGCUGAGCGUGGCACCCGGGCAGCCGGCCGAGUUCCGCUGCGUGGGCACCGGCAACCCCCUGCCCACUCUGGAGUGGCUCGGGACGCUGCCGGCACGGGCCGUGGUCCAGGGCGGGACGCUGCGGUUCGGCGCCGUGGAGGCUGCUGACGAGGGGCACUACAUGUGUCGGGCACGCAGCAGCGCCGGGCAGCACACGGCACGGGCCUUCCUCCACGUGCAGGCCCCAGGUGCACCCCAGGUGCAGGUGAGCCCGGAGCGGACGGAGGUGCAGGAAGGUUCCACGGUGCGGCUCUACUGCCGGGUCUCAGGGUCACCCACCGCCACCAUCACCUGGGAGAAGCAGGGUGGCACCCUGCCAGCGCAGUCCCGCGCCGAGCACUCCGACAUCGCCACGCUGGUCAUCCCCACCGUCACGGCGGCCGACGGCGGCGUCUACCUCUGCGUGGGCACCAGCGCCGCUGGCACGGCCCGUGCUGCCAUCGAGGUGGUGGUGGUGCCAGGCUCUGCGCCGCCCGUCCGCAUCGAGUCCUCGUCCCCAUCUGUCACCGAGGGACAGACCCUGGACCUCGACUGUGUGGUGGCCGGAUCAGGCCCCGUCACCGUGACGUGGUACAAGCGCGGCGGCUCCCUGCCCGCUGGCCACCAGGUGUCGGGGUCCCGGCUCCGCGUCCCUCACGUCACGGCGGCCGAUUCGGGGGAGUACGUGUGCCGGGCCAGCUCGGGGACCACCGUCCGGGAGGCGUCCAUCAUUGUCACCGUCGUGGCCUCUUCUGGCUCGUCCUAUGGGCGACCAGCUUCGGGUGUCCCUGUCCGGAUCGAGGCGUCCUCGUCCACUGUGGCUGAGGGCCAGAGCUUGGAUCUCAACUGCGUGGUGGCUGCACAGGGACAGGCCACUGUCACCUGGUACAAGCGUGGGGGCACCCUCCCAGCCAAACACCAGGUGUCUGGCUCCCGGCUGCGGCUGCUGCAGGUGACAGCGGCCGACUCGGGUGAAUACGUGUGCCGGGUGACCAGUGGAGCCACCACUAAGGAAACUGCUGUCAUGGUGACCAUCCAGCCCAGCGGGCCCAGUGCCCACCCUCCCGGCAGCAUGACCCCGCUGCGCAUCGAGACCCCAACCUCCACCGUGGCUGAGGGCCAGAGCCUGGACCUCAACUGUGUCAUCGCCAGCCCCGCACAGGGACAGGCCACUGUCACCUGGUACAAGCGUGGGGGGACCCUCCCAGCCAAGCACCAGGUAUCUGGCUCCCGGCUGCGGCUGCUGCAGGUGACAGCGGCCGACUCGGGCGAGUAUGUGUGCCGGGUGACCAGCGGGGCCACCACUAAGGAAACUUCCAUCAUGGUGACCAUCCAGCCCAGUGGGGCUAGUUCCCAUGCCUCUGGCAGCACGACUCCACUGCGCAUUGAGUCCUCGUCCUUGUCAUCGCCAGUGGCCGAGGGCCAGAGCCUGGACCUCAACUGUGUCAUCGCCAGCCCUGCGCAGGGACAGGCCACCAUCACCUGGUACAAGCGUGGGGGGACCCUCCCAGCCAAGCACCAGGUGUCCGGCUCCCGGCUGCGGCUGCUGCAGGUGACAGCGGCCGACUCGGGCGAGUACGUGUGCCGGGUGACCAGCGGGGCCACCACUAAGGAGAUCUCCAUCGUGGUGACCAUCCAGCCCAGCAGUGCCAGCACCUACCCCAUCGGUGUCACCCCCCCAGUGCGCAUCGAGUCCUCGUCCUCAUCGGUGGCCGAGGGACAGACCCUGGACCUGGACUGUGUGGUGGCCGGGCAGGGACAGGCCACCAUCACCUGGUACAAGCGUGGGGGGACCCUCCCUGCCAAGCACCAGGUGUGGGGCACCCGGCUGCGCAUCCCGCAGGUGGCAGCAGCCGAUUCGGGGGAGUACGUGUGCCGGGUGACAUCAGGCGGUGUCACACACGAGACGUCCCUCAUUGUCACCAUCCAGACUGGCGCUGGCUCCUCUUACGCCGUCGGCGUCACGCCACCGGUGAGGAUCGAGACCUCAUCUGCUGCCGUCAGCGAGGGACAGACCCUGGACCUCAACUGCAUGGUGGCGGGGCAGGGUCACCCCCAAGUCACCUGGUACCGGCGUGGUGGUGCUCUGCCCCCCAACAGCCAGGUGUCGGGGACCCGCCUGCGCCUCGGGCAGGUGUCAGUGGCCGAUUCGGGGGAGUACGUGUGCCGGGUGACCCUGGGCACCGUCACGCAGGAGGCGUCCGUCAUGGUCACCGUGCCCAGCGCCGCUGGCACCUAUUACCCCUCUGGUGUCUCUCAGCCCCUCCGCAUUGAGUCCUCAUCCUCGGCCAUCGCCGAGGGACAGACCCUGGACCUCAACUGUGUGGUGGCCGGAUCGGGCCCCUCCACCGUGACGUGGUACAAGCGCGGCGGGUCCCUGCCCGCCGGCCAUCAGGUGUCGGGCACCCGGCUGCGCAUCCCGCAGGUGACGGCGGCUGAUUCAGGGGAGUACGUGUGCCGGGUGACGUCGGGAGGUGUCACACAGGAGACGUCCCUCAUCGUCACCAUCGAUGAUGGAGCCAACCCAUCCCACCCCACUGGUGCCACACCGCCCAUCCGCAUCGAGUCCUCGGCGUCCUCUGUCACCGAGGGACAGACCCUGGACCUGGACUGUGUGGUGGCCGGGCAGGGACAGGCCACCAUCACCUGGUACAAGCGUGGUGGGUCCCUCCCAGCCAAGCACCAGGUUUCGGGGUCCCGGCUGCGGCUGUCGCAGCUCUCGGUGGCUGACUCGGGGGAGUACGUGUGCCGGGCAGACACCGGCAGCGCCUCCCGCGAGGCCACCGUCACCGUCACCGUCACCUCCCGCGACAGCUCCAGCUACCGUCUGCAGAGCCCCAUCAUCUCCAUCGACCCGCACAGCAUGGUGGUGGCACCGGGCGAGGAUGCCACCUUCAAGUGCCGUGUCCACGACGGUGCCCGCCCCGUCAACAUCACGUGGCGGAUGGGACCUGGCCAACAUCUCCAAGACAACGUGAAGAUCAGUGCCAACGGCUCAGUCAUCUCUAUCAGUGGCGCCCACGUGAGCAAUCAGGGCGCCUACCACUGCGUGGCCUCCAACCGCUUCGGCGUUGCCAGCAGCGUUGUCAACCUCCUGGUGCAAGGUGUCCCCACGGUGUCGGUGAUGCCCCCAGGCCCCGUGACUGUGAAAGAAGGCAAAUCCCUCAGCCUGGAGUGCCUGGGCCGGGGCGAACCGCGGCCGCUGGUGCGCUGGAGCCGGCUGGGCUCCCGGCAGAAGGUGGAGCACCAAACCCUGCUGCACAUGGACAGCCAGGCCAUCCUGCAGCUCUCACCAGCCAAGCCGGACCACGCCGGGACCUACGUCUGCACGGCACACAGCGCCCUGGGCUCGGCACAGGCCCGGGUGGACGUCACGGUGGAGACAGCACACCAGCACCCGGGUGCCCCCGAGGUCACCGCGCCGCCCGCCGUCACCGUGGUGGCCGGGGAAACCGCCACGCUGCGCUGCACGGCCAGAGGUGAGCCAGUGCCCCGGAUCGAGUGGUCGAAGCUGCGGGCGCCGCUGCCCUGGCAGCACCAGGUGGUGAACGGCAGCCUGGUCAUUCCCCGCGCGGCGCAGCAGGACUCGGGCCAGUACAUCUGCAACGCCAGCAGCCCCGCCGGCUACGCCGAGGUCUUCGUCACCCUCGACGUGGAGACGCCGCCGUACGCCACCAGCCUGCCGGAGGAGAGCGCGGUGCGCGCCGGCGACGCGCUGCAGGUGCAGUGCCUGGCCCACGGCACCCCUCCGCUGCUCUACGCCUGGGACAAGCUCAACGGCAGCCUCUCGGCACGCGCCAGCCACCGCGCCGGCCUCCUCCACGUCAGCCCGGUGCUGCCCGCCGAUGCCGGCACCUACCGCUGCCUCGUCACCAACCGCGUCGGCACCGCCGAGACCUUCGCCCGCGUGGUGGUCCACGGUGACGCCGGUGACGUGGGCGAUGCCGGCGGCGGGCCCUUGACGGUGCGGGUGACGCCGGGGAGCCUCGCCAAGGGGGUGGGCGGCACCGCCGAGUUCGCCUGCGCCGUAGCGGGAGACCCCCGGGCACGUGUGGAGUGGCUGAAGGAAGGGGGGGAGCUGCCCCCCAGCCACAGCGUGCGGGACGGGGUGCUGCGGAUGCCGGAGCUGACGUGGGGGGCACAGGGGGUGUACGUGUGCCGGGCCAGCGUCCCCGGCGGGCAGGCAGAGGACAGGGCCACCCUCACCGUCCAGGCUCUCCCCAGGGCCCUGAUCAACAUCCGGACAGCGGUGCAGACGGUGCUGGCGGGGACCACGGUGGAGCUGGAGUGUCUGGGCUUGGGUGAACCCCGUCCCCAUGUCACCUGGAGCAAAGUGGGGGGCCGGAUCCGUCCCGGGGUGCUGGUCCGCGCCGGUGUCCUCACCAUCGACCGUGUGGAGCGGGCAGACGCCGGGCAGUACCGCUGCACCGCCACCAACGCCGUGGGCACCGUCCAGUCCCACGUCAUCCUGCACGUGCAAGCCACCCCCCAAAUCGCCGGGCAGCCAGAGGUGAAGGAGGUCUCGGUGGGUUCGGCAGCUGUCUUGCCCUGUUUGGCAUCCGGCUUCCCUGUGCCAGGGAUCACCUGGAGCAAGCUGGAGGGGGAGCUGCCAGCGGGUGCUCGGGUGGAGGGGAACGUGCUGACGCUGCCGGCCGUGCGCCACGAGGACGCCGGCGUCUACACCUGUGCUGCUGCCAACCGCCACGGGCACGAGACGGCUUACUACGUGCUGAAGGUCCGAGAGCGCCUGGUCCCCUAUUUUGGGCAGACACCCCGUUCCUUCCUCCCCCUGCCCACCAUCAAAGACGCCUACAAGAGGUUUGAGAUCCUCAUCACCUUCCGACCUGAUGCUGCCGACGGGCUUCUCCUCUACAACGGGCAGCGGAAGAACAGCGGCGCCGACUUCAUCUCCUUCGGUUUGGUGGGUGGCCGCCCCGAAUUUAGGUUUGAUGCUGGUUCGGGCAUGGCCACCAUCCGGCACCCAACGGCGCUGCGCUUGGGCGAGUACCACACCGUCCGUCUCCUGCGCAACCUCACGUGGGGUUCACUGGCACUGGAUGGGCACCCCCCGGUUAAUGGGACCUCACAGGGGAAGUUUCAAGGGCUGGAUCUGAACGAGGAGCUGUACCUGGGGGGUUACCCUGACCUGGGUGCUGUGGCUAAGACGGGGCUCAGCCGUGGUUUUAUGGGCUGCGUGCGCCAGCUCCGCAUCCAAGGGGAGGAGGUGCCCUUUGGGGACAUGGACCUGCAGGCGCACGGUAUCACCAGUUGUCCCACUUGCCAGGACCAGCCGUGCCAGAAUGGUGGCGUGUGCCAGGACGCUGAGAGCGGCACCUACAUCUGCCGCUGUCCCCACGGCUUCACCGGCAGCAACUGCGAGUACCCGCGGGCACAGCACUGCCACCCGGAGGCGUGCGGGCCAGAUGCCACCUGCGUCAACCGGCCGGACGGGCAGGGCUAUACCUGCCGGUGCCACCUGGGCAAGGCUGGGGAGAGGUGCACUGAGGGUGAGGCGGUGACCGUGCCAUCCUUCAAUGAGGCGGGUGCCUUCGUCUCCUACCCGCCCCUCACCAACGUGCACCAUGAGCUGCGGAUAGAUGCCGAGUUCCUGCCGCUGGCGCCCGACGGGCUCCUUCUCUUCAGUGCUGGCAAAGCUGCCCCUGUUGAAGACUUUGUGGCCUUGGCCAUGGCUGGUGGCCACUUGGAGUUCCGCUACGAGCUGGGCUCAGGCCCAGCAGUGCUGCGGAGCACCGACCCGCUGGCCCUGGGCCACUGGCACCGGGUGACGGCCGAGCGGCUGCACAAGGACGGGACGCUGGCGGUGGACGAGGCCGCGCCGGUGAAACGCUCCUCACCCGGCAAGAGCCAAGGCCUCAACCUCCGCAGCCCCCUCUACCUGGGGGGCACCGAGCCCCCCCUGCGCCCCCCAACCAACGUCUCCUUCCGGGGCUGCAUCGGAGAGGUGAGACCCUUCCCCUGCACCGUCAGCUCUCAGCCACUGGGGUGUCCCAUCAACGGGAAGCAGCUGGAUCUGUCGGAGGGGUUCCUGCGUGCCCGCGGCGUGGGGCAGUGCGGGCAGCGCUCGCCGUGCCCACCCGCUGCCUGCCUGCAUGGGGGCCGCUGCCUGCCCCUGCCCACGGCCCCCCCAGCCUUCCGCUGCAUCUGCCCACCCGCCUUCACCGGCCCACGCUGUGAGCAGGAGCAGGAUCGCUGCCUGCACCACAGCCCCUGCCUGCACGGUGGCACCUGCAAGGACAACGUCUGCCUCUGCCCGCCUGGCUACAGCGGCCCCCAGUGCCAGCACCGCCAGGUGCCGGCAGAGCUGGAGCAGGACUGGCAGGAAGGCAGCGGGGGCGGUGAUGCCCCUGGACAGUUCAGCGUUGCGUUCCGUGACGGCUCCUACCUGUCCCUGCCUGGGCACCUCUUCCCUCGCGGCCCACCCGAGGCACCCGACAGCAUCGAGCUGGAGCUGCGGACGAGCAGUGCCGAAGGGCUGCUGCUGUGGCACGGGGCGGAGCCCAGCGAGGGUGGCAAAGCCAAAGAUUUCAUUGGCCUCGGCUUGAAGGACGGGCACCUGGUGUUCAGCUACCAGCUGGGCAGUGGUGAGGCCACCAUCGUCUCUGAAGACCCCAUCAAUGACGGCGAGUGGCACCGGGGUGACGGCGACAAGGGAGGGCCGGCGUGGCUGGCUGCAGGUGGACGGGGAGGAGCCGGUGGUCGGGGAAUCACCAGGAACCAACGUCAUGGCCAACACCCAGGGCAGCGUCUACGUGGGCGGUGCCCCGGACCCCCGCAGCCUGACGGCCGGCAAGUUCCCCUCCGGGCUCAGCGGCUGCCUGCGGGGCCUGGUGCUGGCAUCGGCCGGGAUCCCCCGGCACCCCAUCGACCUGCGGCACGGCGCGGGUGGGGGGCUCCCCGGCCCCCCCCUGCCCUGCCUAACUCCCCCCAGAAUAUAUUUGGGGGGGAAUUUGGUCAAUUUUAUCAUUUUCCAAAAGAAAACCCCCACACAAGCCACGAGGAAAACGGUGCUUCGCUGCCCCAGGAGGACUUGGGGGGAAGGGGGCCGGGACCCCCAGAAAUGUUUACACCCACAUCCCCCCCACACACACACACCCCCCGGCCCCCCCAGACUGUGCCGGGGCGGCCGGGCCGCCUGGGUGCCCCCCGGGGUCAGGGGGGUGUGGGGGGAGGCAGGAGGGACAAUGGGGGGACCCCUGCAGGGACGGCUAUUAAAGGAGAGACAACCAGUGUGGGUGUCGUGUUUUGGGGGGGCUGUGCCAGGGGAAGGGGGGGUGGUGUGGGGGGUCUGGGGGAUACAGUGUGA